GUGCAAAUGGGCGACCAUAAGAACGCCUUCCCCAUCUUUGCCAAGUUGCAGGAGAGUGGAGCGCAAGAGACGGUGGUGCUGCUGGCGUGGCGUGGCAUGGCGCAUGCUUUUGCAGAGCAUUAUGAGGAAGCACUCAGUGAUUUCAACAAGGCUCUAGAGCAGGCUCCCAAGGCAGGGCAGAUUCUGAGGCAACGAGCGUCGGUGCUUGGGAUUUUGGGGCGACACAAGGAGGCCAUCGCUGAUUGGACGGCUGUGAUUGAAAUGGAUCCGAAUGAUGCAGCAGCCAGACAGGAACGAGGAGCGGCAUAUGUGAACGCCAACGCCUAUUCAAGCGCGCUGCCGGACCUCUAUGCUGCCAGGGCCAUGGCUCCGCAGCUCUUCAAGCCGCACCUCUUCCUCGGUUUGGCGCUGACAGCAACAGGGGCACCGUUUGAAGCAGUGAAGAGCUAUGAGACAGCAAUGGCCAUGAAUCCAGAUGUAAAGGAGGGGUGGACGAACUGGGGGCAGACAAUGAAGGAGAUCGCCAUGUUCAACGAGUCAGAGAGAUGCUAUAAACGUGCCCUUGAUGUGGAUAAGGGCUUCCUGCUGGCGUACAAGCUGUGGGCGAAGCUGAGGCACACCGUGGGCGACCACAGGGGGGUGAUCCGCCUGCUGCAGGAGGGGCUGAAACACCACCCAAACAACGUGGAGUUGCGAUACUUUGAGGCCUCCUGCUUCCAUGCCACGGGGGAUUUUUCCCAGGCUGUGAGGCUCUACGACAGCAUUCUCUCGCUGCAAACGUCUGGAGAUGAGCGGUUCCAGUACCUCGCUUUCUACCAGCGUGAGAUAGCGGCAUACAUGGCAGUCAACGUGAACGCGCCCUUCUCUCACUUCAGCCUUGAUGACCAUUUCAACCGCGUCUUCAAGGAGGGCUGGGCGAAUGCACAGUUUCCAGGGCACCUACCCUCCAGAGGGUAUCAGAUGCAGGACAUUCAGGCAGUGUUCCGCGUGCGGCGGCAGCAGCACCGGCGCAAGGGGGAGAAGCGCUUCGAGGCGAACCGAGCGGCGCUGCUAAAGCAGGCUGAUGAGAUUGGGCGGCUGGUUCAGUACAACACCACGGGGUUCCUUGGUAACAUGCGGCAGCAACGAGCAGCAGGGCUGGCUGCUCUGGACAUCAUGCAGACAGUGCGAAAGGCGUGGAGGGAUUGGAUGAAGAGCGGGCAGGUGGACAGAAGCAGCAGUGCGGAGGAGGUGGAGGAGGGGGUGGGGGUGGGGUGGAGGGACGUGUACGGCAUGGGAGUGAGAUGGCGCCAGAUUGCCGAACCUAACGACCCCAUCGUGUGGAUCGACGGCCUCACGCGGGAAGCAUUCGAAACCGGGUUUGGUUCGGUCACGCCGAUGGUGUCCGGGCAGACUCGAAACAUUCGCUACUCCAUGAAUGCUGACCGUGCGUUCAAGAUCGUACGGCAGGAGAUGCUGCAUCACGGCAAGGUGUACGGCGAGCGCGACGAGGAGAUCCCGCUCAGCCAAGCGGAUCUGAAAAAGGUGGACCAGGCAACCAAUUUUAACCAGCUGUGGGACGUCGUGCAGAAAGGAUUCUUCGUCUUCACCCCGUGCAAGAGCACCGCCUUCCCUGACAAGGUGCUGAACGGCACUCGCCUCACAAUCACCGCCACCGACCCCGGGCAGGAGUUUGCGAUUCGCACGCCGCUGACGCCCAGCCGGUGGCGAGACUUUGACAUGGAAAUGGCUGCAGCGUGGAAGGACAUUUCUCUAGCAGUGGCCCACACGUCUCUCCGUGACUCAGACCCUCAGGCCUACCGCAAGGCCAUUCAAGACAAUAUCCUCAGAAUGGCCUACUACUGGUACAACUUCAUGCCAUUGGCGCGCGGCACAGCAAUGAACGGCUAUGUCAUGACGCUCGCCCUCCUGCUGGCCGUUGACCUUCGAGUCUCGCAGCCCAUUGCUAGAGGCGUGCAGGUAAAUAGACUCUCUUUAUCAAGGCUGGGCUGA